AUGAUAUGGACUUGGAAGCAUGAGAGUUAUGAUAGCAAGCUUGAACCACAAACUGAACCCAUGACCCCGCCUGCCGAGCACGGGCACCCCGUUGAUGCCAAUGGUCGACUCAUAACACCGCCGCCGUGGGCUUUUAAUAAUAAUCAUUGUAAGAAUGAACACGGCUAUUCUGAUGAUUCUUCCGACUCGGGAUCAGACCAGAACGAGGACUCAGACGAGGAUCAGAACGAGGAGGAGGAGGAAGAAGAAGAAGACGACGACGACGACGACGAAGACGACAACGAAGAAAACGUAUGGCCUGAGUAUGGCGAAAGAAGGGGUGGCAUAACAUGCCCUGCCGAGUAUCUCGGUUGCCUCCAAAUCUUCCACAAGGCCUCAGGAAUGCUUCACCAUGUUGAAACCACCCACCAGCACGACUUACUAUGGAAGUCCCCAGACGAGAUGUUCAACAGCACCGGCCAAUGCGAACGAGGCCGCAGGCUCUACAGCCACGAGACAAAGCACUAUUACUGCCCAAAUUGCUCAGACACGGACCAAGGCAUGUUUGAGUCACUAAGUCUUCUGGUCAAGCAUGCUGAGAGCAAUAUAUGUGACUUGAAGGUCCGCAGCGGUCCUGUCGGUGAAUUGUACGAUGCUGUUGAUGUGUAUGCUGAUAACAAAUACCAAGCGUGGGAUGGUGUGCAAAAUGUUGCCUAUUCGUUAACUAAGCGGGGAACUGUUAGAUAG